CGGAUGGUCCAGAGCUUGAAAGGUACACAUUUUUACCAUGGUGGAUUGUUUGAGCUGGCAUCUACAUACUACAGGCAUGGAUUUAUCAACAUUGCAAGGACCAUCUUGGAGUCACUUCUGCCCUUUGGUGAUAAGACACUGACUGGGGUUUACAAUCUGUGUCUCAAACACCCCGACGUCAACAUCACCAAGAACCUUUCCCCUCCAGAACCAGACCACCCCUGGCAUGAAGCACUGUGUAGGGGGGAAAUCAAGACUCCCAGAGAGUUAUCCAAAUUGCAUUGCAGUUACAGAAGAACAUUAAUUCCCAUAUACUGGUCAAAAGAAGAAAUUCUUCAUCAGGAUCCGAGAAUUUCUCUGUUUCAUGACGUCAUUUCCGAAAGAGAGAUUGAUAUGGUCCUCAAAAGUUCAGUCAAUCAAUUGACAAGAAGAUACUCUAAAGAGUCUACCAGCGAUAAAGAAGAGGACGUAUUAGCAACGUCUUGGUUGUCAGAAUUAAAGACAAAAGCCGUGGUUCCACUGACCAGAAGAAUACAGGUCGUCACUGGACUAUCUACUUACGUGUCCAGAUCUUAUUCCGAUUCAGAAAACUACGAGAUCAGCAAUUUUGGUGUUGGUGGAAUGCAGAAACCACAUGUGGAUUUCUUGAACAUUUCUUUAGGGGAGUACCAAAAGGGAGAAGAGAGAAGCAUACGAAUGUCUGGUGACCGCGUUGCUACUUGGAUGUUUUAUUUAUCAGAUGUAGAGAGUGGAGGAGCCACUGUGUUUCCAGAGAUAAAAGUCAGGGUACCUGUUACCAAGGGAGCAGCAUUAUUUUGGUACAACAUAAAAAGAAACAGCGAGAAAGAUCAAAGAACUCUUAAUGCUGAUUGUCCAGUGGCUAAAGGAUCCAAAUUCGUUUGCAAAAAGUGGAUAUUAGAGGCAGGACAGGUGUUCAAAAGAAAAUGUGGGUUAUCUCCGGAUUCUAAAGACACCUGAAUAAAAAAGUUGACAGGGGAACUGUGGACUAGCCAUGUCAGAGUUAUCUUCCUUUGUACCCAGGAGUAAUAAAUAACAAGUAUUGAUCUC